ACAAGACGUGUUGGCUUACACGGCACGUCAUGUACAGAUUUUUUUUGUGUGUGCCAGUUAGAAACGAGUACUUAGUGUUCGCAAUUAACCUCAUUGCCAUAUUUAUAAGCAUUGUAGCUGCGUUUAAAGCCACAUCUUCAUGAAGGAAUUAUCAGACUUGUUUAGUGACCGCUGAAAGUAUCAUUAUGGCAUGACAUGAAUCAACUAUGCAGCACUUCCUAUGGGGGAAGCUGGUGCUGGUAUUAGUUGCUGUAGUAGCAGUGUUACAAGUGGUACACCUUAUAUUGUUAAGUAGAUUAGAAGCUAAACAUCACCACCACGAAGAUCAAGAUGAUCAUCCAGUUUCAUCUGGGAAUGAGGCGGAAGCAGUAUUUACAUCGCUGGUGCGGUCACUGCAUCAAGGACGGGUGUUAGAUUCAAGUGGAGAGUUCCAACUCGUCCUGAAUCUUGCUCCUGGGACUCGACAACCACCACCCCGUUUUUCCAGCACUGUCCCAGAUAUUGCUUUAGUCAGUCAGUGCUCAUUCAACCAUUUGCAUCAUAUUGUACCCAUGGUUCAGCGAUGGCAGGGACCAGUCUCUGUGGCAGUAUUUGCUGAAGACCAUGAAUUAUCAGAAGCUCUGUGGGGAAUCGCAAGCUUGCGUCUCUGCUAUUCUGCAGUCCGUCAUAAUGUUUCGUUCCAACUGGUUUCUCCACUUCCAGCUGGAGGACAUCCUCCCCUUACUGUACCACCAGAUCUCUUGCCUCCAUGCCAGGGUCUCGUACUGGAAGCUAACCAACAAAAGAACAAUUAUGCAGGAAAUAGACGCUUUCCUAACAACUUGCUACGUAAUGUUGCCCGGCGUGGAACUUCAGCUGAAUUUAUUCUUGUUGUGGACAUUGACAUGCUACCCAGCUUUAACCUCAGACAGGAUUUUUAUGAUUUUGCAGUGAAGAGUCGCCUCUUUACUGAAACCCACCAUGAAGACAAAACAGUAUAUGUGGUACCUGCAUUUGAGGCACGCAAGACUGUCAGGUCCCCAUGGACAAAGGCGGAAUUAUUGAAACUUGCUGAUGGAGGACACAUACGUCCCUUUUACAUUGAACUUUGUUGGAAAUGUCAGGUGCACACAGACUAUGAAGCCUGGCAAAAAGAACCGCCUUCAUCAGGACUGGCACCACUGUUUGAGGUUUUGUGGAAAGAUCCAUGGGAACCAUUUUAUAUUUCACGUAACUCAGUUCCAUUUUAUGAUGAGAGAUUCAAGCAAUAUGGUUUCAAUCGAAUAAGUCAGGUUUGUGAGCUGCACGUUGCAGGCUACAAAUUCUCUGUGCUCAAUAAUGCUUUUCUGGUUCACCAUGGACUGAAGACUGCCACUUCAUUUCAUGAAACCAAAGACUUGGAUCAAGAAAGGAAUCGUUUGCUGUUUCGACAGUUUAAAACUGAACUCAGAGAAAAGUAUCCAGAAUCAUCUCGGAGGUGCUACUGAUAUCCAUAGAUGUCUGUAGCAUAUGAAACCGAAGCCUUACACGUAUAUUUUGAAAUCUUCUCUCCAAGUUGAUGGCUCAAAAACAAAUUUGAAUUAGGCAGACAGAAUACAACAUUUUAAUAGAAAUUGUCAUUAGCAUUGCACUGUUCAUGUAUUCAGUUCAAAGUACUGUCUAAUACAAGAUAUUAAUUAAAGAAUGUGUUGUAUUAGAUGCUAUUUUGAAUGAAAUACAAUACUUUUGUGGACACUUUCCAAGCUCAGUUAAUUGUCUUGACAAUAGGGGUAUGUAUAGUGAAAUGUCUGUGCAUUUUUAUCUGACAGAGUAUUGAUAUGUCUUAUAUUAUUACAGAAGAGCCAAUCAGAAAUUAAUACUAGUCAUCAUAUGAGAUUAUAAAUAUGUACAUUAUUCAUUAUUAAUUACUUCCAGCUUAAGGUAUACCAGAGCUAUUGUGGUUUCGAGAAGUAACUCUGCAUGAGCAGGUACAUUUUACCAGUUUCUAAGUUACCUUUUUACAUUGUAGACCAUACAUAUUACAUCUCAGGUAUGUUCAUUGAAUGAUUAAAUAUAAGGAAGAAGUGAAACAGAAGAGUAGGAUAUGAAUCCAGUUGGUAAUAUUUACUGUAUUUCAGAUACAGUUAAUCGUGGUGUUUAACACAGCCUUAUUGAAACGAAAUGUGUUUGGGACUAAAUUCAUUAAUACAACAUUAAAAACUGAAUGUCACAUACAGGAUGUAACUGAAAGGUGUGGACAAAUUUUGUACACAAGUUCCACAUACCAAAACAAGAAAACACGUCCAUAUCAUCAUGUGUCCAAAAACAUUUAAUUUGUGACUUACAGCUGAAAGACUGGAUUUAUAAUAAGUGCCCAAAAUGUCCUCCAUGAGAUGAAGUGUACACCGUGACAUGUCUCAUCAUGGACCACUGCAUCCAUACGGAGAUGCCAGAGUAGUUGUGGAUAGUCUGACAGGCAUCCACAAUGUGAUGGUAUAGUGCCUGUUCAUUAUCAACAGGAGCUGCAUACACAAGGGACUUUAGCUAUGCCCAUGGGUAAAAGUCCAGAGAAUUCAAUUCUGUCUAGUGUGAAGGCUAUGCAAUGGGUCCUCUUGUAUAUAUCAAUCGGUUAUGAGGUGUGUUAUUGGGAACAUCUUACUCAGCACAGCUAAAAUGUCCCGGAGCACUAUCAUGCAUGUACCACAUGCUGCCAGUGGUACAUCUGUAACUGGUAACAGAGAAACACACUUGAAGAUCAUACCACAGUAUGCACAAGCAGGCAGUUACUACCCUGCUAGAAGGAUAUGAGCUAUCAGAGAUGAUAACAAGAAUUGAAUAGGUCAUGACAGUAUUCUUUCAGACAUAACUCACAAUUUAAAUAUUUCUGGACACAUCGAUGUGGAAAUUUUUUCUCGUUUUGACAUGUGGAACACGUGCCCAGAGUUUCUCUGCGCCUUACAAAGUUCAGAGUUUCUUAACAAUAAUUAGUUGGAUUAUACUGGUAUUGGCACAUUGCUUGUUCCUGAAACCUUCAUUUUAAUAACAGUGAAAAUAUGUAACAGCAAUACUAACCUCCAUGUCAUCACCAUGUACUGACUGUAUAUUCAUACCAUUAUUGUACAUUAUGUUACAAAUUCAUCCAAAAAUUCUGCAUUAUUAUAAAUGAAAAGUGUAUACUUUAUGACUGUAAACUUUUAUAUGUAUAUUUGUGCAUUAUAUUUCUUAUAACCUGGA